GCCGUUUUUAUAUCUAUAAAGAGACCCGGUGAUAAAUGCAAUUUAAAUAUUAUUAAUUGUGUGACCACCACCUCACCAACAAAUUUCUAUUAUGACGCUUUUGUUGAAGAAGCCACAUGUUCACCAUUCAUUCAUCAUUAAUAAUAGUGCAUCUUCACCUUCUUUUAAAUGGAGGAAUAAUAUUUCUCAUAGUUGCCACAUCAAUAGUUGUAAUUGGUUCUUCAAAUAUUCUCUACCCAAUAGUAAAUUGAGUAAAAAGGUUCACAUUGGAGUGGUAAACACGAUGGCAACAACAAGCAACACUACCAACACCAAAACUCGUAAUGUAAAAGCUUUAGUGACGGUUAAGCAAAGUGAUGGUGGACUCAUAGAAAAUCUUGUUACUAGUGUUGUUGGUAAUAAACACUUGGUUUUGGAGUUAGUCAGUGCUGACCUUGAUCCAAAAACAAAGUCGAAGAGAGAGACAAUAAAAGGAAAUGCAAAAGAAACAGAGAAAAAUGAGAACGAUGUACAUUAUGAGGCAACAUUUGAGAUACCAGUUGAAUUCAAAAAUGUGGGUGCUGUUUAUGUUGAGAAUGAACACGACAAAGAGAUAUUUCUAAAAAGCAUAUUCCUUGAUGGUUUUCCUGAUGGUCCUCUCCACUUUACUUGUAAUUCAUGGAUUCAACCCAAACCUAUUCAGAGACUCUUCUUCACUAACAAGAUGUAUUUGCCAUCACAAACACCAACUGGAUUGAGAAAGCUGAGAGAAAAUGAACUAAUAGAGUUAAGAGGAGAUGGAAAAGGAGAGCGUAAGAGCACUGACAGAAUAUAUGACUAUGAUGUUUACAAUGAUCUCGGUGAUCCUGACAUUAGCAUUCAACUCAAAAGACCUGUUCUUGGUGGCACCAAACAAUAUCCAUAUCCAAGACGAUGUCGCACCGGUCGAAAGCACUCUAAUUCAGAUCCAGUAUAUGAGAAAAGGAAUUCAACAUUCUAUGUUCCUCGUGAUGAGAAAUUUGCUGAAACAAAGCAGACACAAUUCAAUACUUCUACCAUAUCCUUAGGGUUGACUGCAAUUAUUCAAUCCUUAGACACAAUUCUCGUUGAUCCAAAUCUAGGAUUUGCAGACUUUGAAGAUAUAGAGGCUUUUUACAAAGAAGGAUAUACUUUACCACCGCUUAAAUCCAAUGACUUAACAUUUCUCCAAAGAGUCAUUCCAAAGUUCAUUAAGGUUGGCAAUGAUAGCCAAAAUAUUGUGCGCUUUGAUACUCCAGAACCUUUAAAAAGGGAUAGAUUCUUUUGGUUUUCAGAUGUGGAGUUUGCCAGAGAGACUUUGGCAGGUGCCAACCCAUAUAGCAUCCAAUUGGUUAAGGAAUGGCCUUUGAUGAGUAAACUAGAUGCCCAAGUCUAUGGUUCACCAGAAUCAGCAAUUACAAGAGAAAUCAUUGAGCCACACUUGACCACUUAUAGCACAGUUGAAGAGGCUAUUAAAGAAAAGAAAUUGUUCAUGCUAGACUAUCAUGAUUUAUACUUACCAUUUGUAAGCAAAGUGAGAGAAAUUGAGGGCACUACAUUAUAUGGAUCAAGAACACUAUUCUUUCUCACAAGUGAAGGUAUAUUGAAGCCAUUAGCCAUUGAGCUCACUAGACCAAUUAUUGGUGAAAAACCACAAUGGAAGCAAGUCUUCACACCUAAUUCUGAUUCCACAAAUCUCUGGCUUUGGAGGCUUGCAAAAGCUCACGUUCUUGCCCAUGAUUCUGGUCAUCAUGAACUUAUAAGCCAUUGGCUAAGAACUCAUUGUGUUGCAGAACCUUUUAUAAUAGCAACAUACAGACAACUAAGUUCCAUGCAUCCAAUUUAUAAACUAUUGCGUCCACAUCUAAGAUAUACCAUGGAUAUCAAUUCAAUUGCUCGUGAAGUGCUUAUUAACGCAAGUGGGCUCCUUGAAUUAUCAUUCACUCCGAAAAAGUAUUCCAUGGAAUUAACCUCAGUGGCAUAUGAUAAGCUCUGGCAAUUUGAUUUGCAGGCACUGCCAAAGGAUCUUAUCAAUAGAGGAAUGGCUGUGGAAGAUCCUAAUGCACAACAUGGACUAAAGCUAAUAAUUGAAGACUAUCCUUUUGCAAAUGAUGGUCUUCUCAUAUGGGAUGCAAUUAAACAAUGGGUCACAGAAUAUGUUAAUCAUUACUAUCCAAGUCCAAGUAUCAUAGAAUCUGAUGAAGAGCUCCAAGCAUGGUGGACAGAAAUUCGAACAAAGGGCCAUAGUGACAAAUCUGAAGAACCAUGGUGGCCAAAUCUGAAGACACAAAAAGAUCUUAUUGACAUCAUCUCCACUAUAGCUUGGGUGUCAUCUGCUCAUCAUUCAGCUGUGAACUUUACACAAUAUACUUAUGGAGGCUAUUUCCCUAAUAGACCAACAAUUGCUAGAAAGAAAAUGCCUACAGAGGAUCCUACUAAUGAAGAAUGGCAAAAAUUUAUGAACAAACCUGAACAAACCCUUUUGGAGUGUUUUCCAUCACAACUUCAAGCAGCCUUAUUUACGAUUGUUUUAGGCUUAUUAUCAGAACAUUCACCAGAUGAAGAGUACAUUGGUCAAAAGGUGGAGCCAUCUUGGAUAGAGAAUCCAACUAUAAAGACAGCUUUUGAAAGGUUUCAAAUGAGAUUGAAGGAGAUUGAAGGUAUUAUAGACUCAAGGAAUGAAGAUAGGAAUUUGAAGAAUAGACAUGGAGCUGGGAUAGUGCCUUAUGAGUCAUUAAAGCCAUUUUCAGGGCCUGGAGUCACAGGCAAAGGAGUCUCAUACAGUAUAUCCAUUUAAAGUUUGGUUCUUUAAGCCUUAAUAUGAAUAAUUUAUAGGAUUUAAUUGAUAUGCAUGUUAAAUUUGAAAAAAUUACACACAUUUAAUCAUAUCUCAUCAUUUAGUUAGAAAAUAUCUUUACAAUUAUCUAUAUGGUGAGAUGUAAUUUGAUGCGUGUGUAAAAAAAAUUUACAUUAACAGUGCAUCGAAUUGAACUCUAAUCUAUAUUUAUAUAAAAUGUUAUGUGUCUCAUUUGGUCCUUAAUAAAAAACAAUUUGUUGUUCAUUUGAUAAGGAAUAAACAUGCAAUUCUUUUCAUCA